CUCUCAAAGAGAAGUUACACGCCCACAAGCACACACUUCAAGCCAUCUGUCUUCUUUUGCUUGUUGUUUUCUGAGUGUCAAUGGCAGUUUUUUCAAGAGCUAUUUCUGCUUUUGUAGUCCUAUUACUCUUUAGCUUCUCUGAAGCCAAAGAGAUCUUGGUUGGAGGCAAGACAGAUGCAUGGAAAAUCCCAUCAUCUCAAUCUGAUUCCCUCAAUCAAUGGGCUGGAAGUUCUCGUUUUCGCAUCGGCGACUCUCUUGUGUGGAAGUAUGACGGUGGCAAAGACUCGGUAUUGCAAGUGAGCAAGGAAGAUUAUGCCAACUGCAAUACUUCUAACCCCAUUGAAGAGCACAAAGAUGGGAACACCAAGGUGAAGCUUGACAGAUCUGGGGCCUUCUACUUCAUCAGCGGAGCCGAGGGACACUGCCAGAAGGGUCAGAAGUUGGUUGUGGUGGUUAUUUCUCCAAGACGCACUGUUAUUUCUCCAGCGCCUUCUCCGGUGGAGUUUGAAGGUCCGGCCGUUGCUCCAACUAGCAGUGCUACAAGGUUGCAGAGCGGUUUGAUGGUUGCAAUGGGGGUUUUUGCUUUGGGGUUGUUUUGAUUCGCUUGAUUACCAGCUUCUGAGCUUAAUUUUUGGGGGGGAAUUCUUUAUUUUUUUAUAUAAAUUAUGGGGUUUUGAUUUGAUAUCUUGUGCGAUCCAGAUUCAGAUUAUAUACCAAUAAUUUUCAUUUAUUUUAUA